UCUCCCUCUCUCUCUCUCUCUCUCUAGUGUAAACCGAGUUAGGGAAAAUGUGGUGGUUUGACUUUUUUUUUUAAUUUCAGGUUUAUUUUUUUAACCCUGAAUGUAUUUGUAAACAAAUUUUAAUUUACAAAUAAAAUUUAUUAUAUUUUUAAUUAGAAAAUAAUUUUCAGAUUAAUUUUCAAUUAUUUUUAAUUUUAAUUAUAACUAGAUUUUGACCCGCGCUUUCAAAGUGCGGGAUUAUUUUAGUUUACAAAAAUCUUAUUGAAAAUAUGUAGUGUACUUAAUUUAUGUAUUUUAAGCUCAGUUUUAUAAUAUUUUAAAUUCGUAUAAACUAUUUAUUUCUAGUACCAACAUUUCAAUUUGUGUACACUGCUUAGUUUUAGGUCUUAAUUUUACUUUUAAAAGAGAUAUAAAAUUUGUUAGUUAUAAUAUUAUGUACAUAAAUAUUUGAUAACCUAAUUCCGAUACAAUCGUGUCAAUGUUUGUGCUUGAAAAUUAUUCACGGAUGUUGAUAAAAGUCUUCUCUUACUUUCAUGGUAUGUUUUCUUGCAGAGGCAUGCAUUUUGUAUCCCUUUUACCUUUUACACAAAAAAUGGCAAUAGUUAAAGAUACAUGAACAAUUUGGAAUUGGCAAAUACAAAAAAAAAACAUAAAGUUACUCUUAAAAACAGACAUUAAUUCCCACGUAUGUAAGACAUUCAGUUGAACUUUCCAUCAUUUCUUGUGAGGUUUCACAUUUUUCAAAGAAGUGAUUUGCAUAAUAUAUUUUUUUUUUCUUUGAUAGAGUCGUGAGAUUAGGUCGAUAGAGAUGCUUAUAUAUAUUAUUGGGAAAAUUAUUUUUUAGAGCAAAAAAAUGAUAACUAUGUCCUUUUAAACUAAUAUUUAUUUUGUGUCAUUUUUGUCCAUAACACCCUUUAAUAUUUUUGAAAAUAAAUUCAAUAAGUAGUUUUACAAACAAAAAAAAAAAUGAAAAAAUAGUAACUUUUGAUAAAAUACCAAUAUGAACUUAGUUGUAUUUUUCAGUUCUAAAAAUGUUUAAAUAAUAAAUUUCAGAUUAUGUUCUAAAUAAAGUAGAUGACAUUCUACGAAGUAGAAAACAAAAUCCACUUUUUUAUUGAAUCUACAAUGUUUAGAAUACGUGAUCUACGUAAAUAAGAGUAUUCUAAAAAUAUUUAGAAUACACAUUCCGCGCUUAACCUACCGAUCUAAAAUCUUUAGAAAUCAAAAUCUAUACAUUAAUAUAAAUCUACAACACGUAGAAACCGACUUCUACAGAUUUACUGUAAAUCUAAAACAUGUAGAAAUCAAAAUCUACAUAUUACUAUAAUUCUAAAAACCUGUAGAAAUCGAUUUCCACAGAUUAGCUGUAUUCUACGAAUAAGAAAUCAGUUCCUAAAAAUAUGUAAACAAAAUAUUUAGGAAUAUUCACUUUCAUAUUUUUUUAAAAAUUGAUAUUUAAAAAAAAAACAAAUAAAAAAGAAAAAAACAAAAAAAAUUACAACUUUAAGGGCAUUAUUGCCAUUUUAAAAAUAAUUAGCCUAAUGGGACAUAAAGUAUAUGAGAUUAGUCUAAAUGGACAUAGUUAUCAUUUUUUUGCUCUAAAAAACAAUUUUCCCUAUAUUUUUUUGGAAUAGAGAUGAGAAACUACCCUAUACAUGGUUGUAUAUCCCCAUAUACAUUAAAAGAGAAGUUACUUUAGUGAUUUCUGCUGAGGUGGCACUCAUAUAGAGUUUCUCAGGAAAAACGUUAUAAUUCUAUUGGCUGGUUUUUUUGAAUUUUUCUUUUUCAUUUAUUUUUUUCACUCCCCUCCGCGUUUACUAAAACGCCGUCGUAUGUCAUGAAUUUUUUUUUCUUUUUUUUUUCAAUUGCGUAUCAAUGGAAGUUCUAUAUGGUUUCGAUCCGAUGAAGACAGUCCGACUAGAUGACUUUGCUUCUCCCUACUCUGCUACUUCAAUCAUAUCCAUCGCGAACAUCGACGAUAACCAGACGAGGUGUAGUUUGUCGAUACUAUCGGAAUUUACGGUUUUUUUUGUUUCUCUGAUUGAAUUCGACUUUUAAGCUAAUUGGCGAAGAUUUUUUUGGUUUCUCUGAUUGGAUUCGACUUUUAAGCUAUGAUACAAAGAUUGUUUGAUUUCUCUGAUUGAAUUCGACAUAUGUUAAGCUAUAAACUACGAUCUUCUUAUUAACAUUUAGAAUCUUUGUAUCUAAUUGACUGAUCUUGCUUUUGAGGUCAUGAUUCUCUUAAACAAGACAAUUGCCACGACCAGAGAUGUGUUACGCGGACUGUCUACUGAUGGAACAAGAAGAGACAACUGACAUUUACAAGAAACUUGCAUUCGACUUCAGUCUCUGAAUCAGGACUGUAAGAUUAUCUUCUCCUUAAUAACUCAACAAGAAUUUAGACAGUCCUCUCUUGAGAUUUUCAAGUUUGGUUUUUUGUUUCAUUAGCACGAUUUAGAGCUUCACAUUACUAAUUCCGAUAGUCUGUUGCAUCGCUAAUUGCUAUUCGAUUUAGAGGUUCACAUUACUAAUUUAGUCAGUCAGUUUCAUUCCUUGCGGUUUCCGGUCUGUUGGUUUUCGGAUUUUCAAGUUUGCUUUUAGUUUAAUUAUGGAAAAAAAUGUGAAUAGCCUAUUUACAAAAGGCCUAAUAUAUUGUCGAUAGAUGUUAAGCCCAUAUAAUUAGAUAACUUGCGCAAGAUUGUUAACUAAUUUGCAUAUUAAUAGCUUUCCUUAUUAUUCCAAUCAAUUACUUGCGCAAGUUGUUUUCGUAUUUAUUUCAUUACUUGCGCAAGUUAAAAUCAUAUCAUAUGCAAAUCAAUUUAUGACAAUACACAAUUAAAAUCUUUCUUUAAACGAUUUCAAUCUUUAUUAGGGGUCAUUAAUAUGAUAAAUAAAUCGGCUUAAUAUAUAUGAGAAACCCGAAUGGUUAAAAUACAAACAUUCAGCUCUAACAAGAACAAUGGCAAUGGUGCGAGCCAAAAAAAAUAUUGUUUCUUAUGUGAGAGAAUUAAAACCCCGUAAAGAUAUGUCGCGUAUUGAAGUUAGGAUUGUUCGCUUGUGGAGAAACUAUAACAAAGAAUCAGGAAACACCAUUGAAAUGGUGGUUGUUGAUAAAGAAGUAAGUAUACAUCACAUAACAUGGAUUUAUUUGGAAACAUCGUUUAUAUACUUAUUCUGCAUGACUAAAACUCUUAUCAUUUUUGUGACCAGGGGACAAGAAUUCAUGUUUCAGUUGGUGAACAACUCAUCAAAAAAUUUGAUGACAAGCUGGGCGAGGGAGAUGCGAUUGUCCUCCAGUGGUUCAAAGUGUACGAUGCAACUGGUGAAUACCGUACAACGCUACAUCCUUACAAAAUUGGCUUCUUUCCAACAACUUUGUUGGAAAAGCUGAUGAUUUUCCAAGUGCAGUUCUCGUAUUUCGCGGACUUCUCUGAUAUUCUUGGUGGAAAUCUGGAUCAUAGCUGUUUGGUUGAUGUGGUUCGCCAAAUAGUUAACUUCGGGUCUCUGGAAAACAAAAUAAUAAAAGGAAAAGACAACAUGAGGCUCUUGGUUGAGUUGCGUGACCCAAAUAAUGUGAAGAUGAUGUGUACUCUGUGGGGUUGUUAUGCUAAACAAGUAUACGAUUACAGUAGGAGUAAUAUGUCGACCAUGAUUAUUUGUGUUAUCAGAUUCUGUUCUGUUAAAGAGAGGAAAGGUAUAUAAUAUUGUUUCAAUUUGUGUAAAAUGAUUGCGAGCAUAACAUAUUAAUUAGAUCAAUAUACUUUGUAGGUGCUUACUCCAUAUCUAGCGGAUAUAAUUCAACCCAUAUUCUGCUCAACCCAACACUUGAUUUUAUUGAGGAGUUCAAAUCAAGGUACGUGUCUUGCGUCUUACGUUCCAGACCUAUGGAGGAGUUUCAUACAUAUAGAUGUUUAUUUUAAUUUGUGAACGUCAUUUUCACUGACGGGUUUUUAAAUUAUGUGUGUUUAUUUGUGAUGGCAGUCUCCCUGAUGAUUCACUUGCUCUUACAAACAACGAUAGUAGCCAAUGGUCUGUUGGUACUGCUACUUCUAUUCGUGCCAGGUUUUUUUGUUCUUAAUGAGAGGCUAACCAUCAGAGAGAUCAUUGACAGUACUCUGGUAUAUAGACUACAUUCUUUGAUCUCAAUUUUUUUACACAUGCGUAUACUCCAUGUGUUAUCAAUGCUUUUAAAAUAUUGUUAUUGACGAAUAGGUUGGCACUUUUGUCACUCUGGGGACUAUUGAAACAAUUGAUACUGAACGUGGCUGGCAAUAUUUAAGUUGCAAAUACCACAAUAAAAAAGUGAUGCCUACAACCAAUGUUGAUGCUGAUGGCCGGCCCUUGUUCUUCUGCAAUACGUGUGACAAAGAACACAGUGAUGUCAUUUCCAGGUAUUGAGCGGGUUAGAUAUACAAAUAGAUGAGUUGGGUAAAUCGUCAUUGAAAUAGUCUGUGACGUUUAUUAAUAUUUUUGUACAGGUUCAAAUUAAUUUUCCAUGUCAAGGACGAUAGCAGUGAGGCUAAUUUUCUUUUGUUUGAUGCUAAUGCUCAACAAAUUGUGCGUCAUUCUGCUGCUGAACUCUAUGACGAGGUACUUUUAUGCAAUAUAAUUGUACAUCAAUUAACAGAAUAAAUUCGUUUGUUUAACCUAUCUCUAUGUAAUUGUAGAAUGAAGAUGAAGACUUCUUACCAGAAGCAGUUAGCGAUCUCUUUGGUAAGAGAGUCCUUUUUGAGAUUUCAGUUGACGCUGAUAACAUUAAAGGAAAGAGAUCUCAGUAUGUUGUUCGAUUGGCUACUGAUGACCGUCAAAUGGUUGAGGAAUUUGCUGAUUUACCUACUUAACCGGUAAUUUACUGCUUCUAAUUGCGAUUAAUUUUAUUGUUACAGGAGCAUAAUAUUGAUUCGAUUAAAUCUGUUUCCUGCAGGUCUAAUGUUGGAGUCCGCAGAUGAUAUUUCCUCUGGUUCUGGUGGUUUUACAGCAACUCCUUUGUCCAAAAGAAAAAACGAACAAGAUGACGACAGUUGCCUUGAGGAUCAACACUCUGUUAACAAGAAACUCUCUCAAAAGAAACUCAAGGGCGAGUGAGCUGUCUCUUUUUUCAAAUGAUGUCCUUUAUAUUGUUAUGGCUUUGUUUCUUCAUCAUUUUUAAAGCAUUUGUCUAAGGUACCUUUGGUUACAUUGGUUUUGUUUAAGAUUUGGUCCGAGUACCUUUGUUUUUUGCUUUUUAUUGGAUUAGAAAUUUAUCAAGUUCCAAUCUAAACCAGACAACCUUUUCUUAGCCCACUUGAAAUACUGAAUAACAAAAAAAUGUAACCGAAAUUUUACUAAUCUUAGAAUUAUUAUCAAACCGAUCCCACUUAUUAGGCUUUUAUUGGUAGUAAUACAAUCUCAGCCCAUUUGUAAUAUCCAACUAAAAACCAAAUUAUGCCCGAAAAAUAUUUAAGCCCAAAAUUUAAUUUUAAUACUAUUUAAUACUAUAUCACGAUUCUUUGUUAUACCAAGGAUUAGACUAUAUUUUUUUAUAUGAAAACUUCUUUUUAGAAAUUUUUAGAUUCUUUAAGCAAACAUUUAUCUAAAAAAAGUUAUGCAAUUAGAUCAUAGAUAUAAAAACGUUCGUGCAAACUAAGGGUCUUUGUACCGGAAGUGAAGACAUAAAAAAUUAUUUAAAACAUGAGUUUGAAUGUUAUUAAAUUGAUUUUGGAGGGGAAGUAUGUAAAAACCUACACGCAAAAUAUGAUUAUGCCGGUAUAUAAAACUAUUAAUUGCAAAGGUAAAUAUAAUUAACAUAUUUAUAAUUUAUUUUUUCAAUAAGUUAUGUGAAAAGACUUGACUCAUCGAAAGUCCGCGAUGACAUUAUAAAGACAGCAGUGAAGAAUUGUAACCAAAACCUUUCAUCUCUCUUCUUCUCCGAUUGAGUCUCUCCAACUUUCGGUAAGUUAAUUAUCUUUCUCUUUAGUUUUUUCUUUGAAUUAUAUUGCAUUUAGAUCCAUUUGUUUUCUGUAGAUUUUGUUACCAAUUGAAUCAAGACUUUUUAGGUUUUGUAUCCGUCAUGCGUCUUUUUGUUCAAAAACAUGUCCAUGAUCUUGGUAGGCUUAUAAUAACUUAGAUCCAAUGAAUAUAAUCACUUUUAGUUCAAUUUUUAAUAUUGUUUUCUGAAAAAAUAAUAUGAGUAUUUAGGAGAUCUUAUGUGUACAAAUGCUUAUCAUUGAUCAUUCUAAAAAUUAUUUCCGCUUAGGUAAUAUAACGUUUAUAACCAAUACUGUUUAUAAUAAGCAGAUCGACCAAGAUCUCGCGAUGGCAUUCAACAAGGACCUUAAACGCAAGUCUCCAAUGACUGAUGAUUAUGGUACUUCUCUAGAAGAGGCAUUCAAAAAUGGAAUGGAGGGGACGACUGCGCAUUACCAAGCCAUUCUCUUUAUGUAAAAGCAACUACAUGAUGCCCUCAUCAAAAAGCAUGCUGAAGAACUUGAAGUCGCUCGCAUACAAGGUAAACUGGAACUCUUUCAUGAACUCUUCAACAUGUCUGCAUUGAGCGAAGAGAAAGAGAAGAUAGAGUCGGAACUUGUGCUUGCAGAGGCGAAGGCGUCUGAUGUGAAGGUUCCUUACAUCGAUUGGUAUAAGUUGAAUGAGCCACAGAUGUUUGAUUAACCUUGUCAAUUUAUUGUUUGCUUCAAGUUGAAAACGUUUAAUGUUUUUGAUAUUUUGGUGUUGUAAGAUGGAACAUAUUUCUGGUUUUUAAAACCAGUUUCCCUGCAAAAUUUGAUCGGUUAUUAAACUAAACUAAGUUUGUUAUAUUAUAAUCUGCCUUUUUAUUAGCAUAUCUCAAUUUUUUUCUUAUUGUUAUAGCUUAUAAUUGGCUUUCAUGUUUUGGUAACACAUUCGUUUGAUUUAGUUGCGUUAUUACAAAAUAUAUAUUUCUGUAUAUAAGACUUUGGAAGAGGAAGUAGGUUAUACCUACAGUGGUGGGGUAAGUGGUUUCAUAGAUUUGUCUAAAUCACAUUAUUCAUGGUGGCGUCAUUAUGUCACAGACAAUAUCGCAUCAAGUUUGGAUUCUUGAGAUCUUACAAUGCCAAAGGAAACUGAUAUAAUACAUUUUAUUUUGGAAAUGUACUGACAAAAUAAUUACGUAAGAAGAGUUUGUAUCUAUAAUGUGAUUAAACGUCUUUUCGUAUCGUAUUGGUUAAGUUAAAUAUAUUUGAUCGAGGUAUGGAAAUGAUGAUAUUUUUUUAAAUCUUUAUAACUUAAUUUAUUGACAUGAGUGCAAGAUUAUAAAUAUAUUUUAUAAAUAUCUAAUAAAUCGACAUGAUAUAUCUUAAAAAAAUUUCUACUUUUCGAAAACGAAGGCAAUAUUUAAAAUUCCUGUUACGAUGCAAUCCAUAAAUUACCAUGAAUAUAUUGCUUUCUGUUUAUUUUCAGACAAUAUCUAUAUAUAAGGAAAUAUAUAUAUAUAUAUAUAUAUUUGAAACCUUUAUAGUUUUAAACAUAUAAAAAAUUUAAUAAAUAUUUCGAAACAAAUCUAAUGGGUUUAUCAUUUAUAGGGCAAUUGGAAAGGCAUUUUUCUUUAACUAAUCUUUCUAUAUAAACUGUAGGAGGUUGCCUAUCUUAUCAAACCUAAUUUCAGUCUUCUUCGCCGACAUUGUCUCUACAAUUCUCUCCUAAUCUCAAAAGAAAUCCUUCGUAAGCUUUCAUUUUAUUUUUUUCUUAGCGACACAUGUAUUUCAUUACUUAGUUAUUUGAUUAUCGAAUCACGGUUUCUUACUUCAAUAUUUAGUUAUAUAAUCUGGGGAGUUUUCAAUACAUGUCGAUCAUGUUUCUAGGGAUAUAUAUAGUGUCAUUGGAAUAGUAAAAACGAUUUUGUAAGAUCUCUAUAGCAUCAUGUAUUGUUUAAUUUUGAGGAUCUAACUAAAUAUAUAUAUUUCACUGUUAAAAAGCUUUGCGCGGUAUGUUUGAUCUGAAUUGUCAAUAGUAUAAUUAUGUUUUUAAUUGUGUUGCUUAUAUAAUCGUUAAUAGUUUAAUUUUGAGGAUCUAACUAAAUAGAUUUUUUACACUGUUAGUCGCUUUGUCUCUAUGUUUGAUCUGAAUUGUCAAUAGUAUAAUUAUGGUUUUAAUUGUGUUGCUUAUAUAAAUGCUGUAUAUGUUAAUCAAUAUUUAUUUUGUACAAAUGCAAGACAAGAUCUCGCGAUGGCAUUCAACAGAGAUCUAAAGCUCAAAAAACCGAUCGUUGAAGAUUACAGUUGUUCUCUCGAAGAGGCUUUCAACAAUGGAAAUAAUGAAACUAGGGAGCGCUACCGAGCCAUGCUCUUGAUGUAUCAGAACCAAUUGGAAUCCAUCACAGCCAAGCAUGAUGAAGAGCGUGAAGUCUAUCGCGUGCGAGGUAAAUUAGAGUUACUCAAGGAACUCUUCAAGAAAGACGCAAGGACGAAGGAGAAGAAUAAACUAAAGACUGAACUUGUGCUCGCAAAGGAGAAGAUGGAUGGGGUCAAGAUUCCUUACGUUGAUUGGUUCAAGAUGGGUGAGCCACAAAUGUUUGACUGACGUCUUUGUUUUAACAAUCUCUCCAAGUUUGAAAUGUUUUAGUUUUUGUGUUGAUUCGGCUACCAAUAUCGGAAUUUAUCUUCUGGUUUUGUAAACCAGUUUAAUAAUAUGUUAUUUUCAAUAGUUUCAACGUAUUGUACUGAAUGGAUGAACUGCUUUUAUAUUAGCAUGGAUCAUUGCAUUAUAUGAUAUUUUGAUUGUUGAACAAUGCGUUUAAAUGAUUUAUAAACAGUCUUUGCUGAUCUUGUGUGUUCAGUCAGUGUAGUUUAGAUGUACUUAAAGAGUACUUUGUCAUAUGAAUUAGAACUUAUUUGUGGUGUUAGUAGAAAAAAAUUAUGAUUUUGUUCAUCAUUUGGCCUUCACGGAGCUAAUAUAAAAAGAAACUUUUUAAAUAUAAAAACAGUUCACUGACUAAACAAACCUUUUAAAUACAGAAAAAGGUUUUUAUUGAAUCCAUCACUAUUAUAUUUAGAUUUUCGUAAUUAUAAAAUGACACAUACUAAAUAUUACUUUAAAGGGGGGAUUUGCCAAGCACGUUUUACAGGUAUUGGGUUUAAUUGAUUUUUAAUGCAGCCCAUAUGUAAAAUUGCCCUAUAUUAAACCUAAAAUUUUCAAAUGUUUUCUUCAUGCUAAUUUUGUUAAAUACUUGGGUUUGGGUUUAGUGUUUACGGCUUCGGUUUUAAGUCUAAGAUGCGGGUUUAUUGUAUAAGAUUUGUGAUUAAGGUCAAGGAUUUAGACCAGUAUAUAGGGGAAUCAUAUUUCAAAUUAACGGUUUCGGUUUAGGGUCUAGAAUUUGAAUUGAAAGUAUGCGGUUUGGAUUUACGGUACAGGACUUGGGUUUAGGGUAUAGGGUUUGAAUUUCGGGUUCAGAGUAAAGGGUCCAGGGAUAUGUAUUUACGAUUUAAAUUAUACGGUAUGGAUUUAGGGUAUAGGACUUCAUUAUUGGUUAAAGGGUUUCUUCAGUUAGAGUUUUGAAAUAUAUGACAUUUAUUUCGUUCCAUCAUUAUUUUGUGAAAUAAUGAUGCCAUGAACAUAAGAAAUACAAAUUAACUAUUUCGUAUCACCAAGAGCACAAACAUCAAAUGUGCAAAACUGAUAAUAAAAAUACCAUUGAUUUAAAAUUUUAUUAUACAAUAUGACAUUGAGUCCUGAUAUAUAUAAACCCAGAACCCACUAUUAUCCAAAUGAAACCAACCUUUUGUUAAGAAUUAUUACAUGUAGAAAAUCAUAAUCGAACGGAGCCCCCUUAUUAGGCUUUUAUAUGCAUUAAUACAAUCAAAGCCUAUUUAAGUUAUCUAUCUGAAAACAUAGUUAUGCCCAAAUAUAAAGAAGACGGCCUUCAAAACUCGAAAUAUUACCGGUAACAUGCAUGCAGCCGUCCUAAUAUUAAAUUUAUAAAGUAUAACCUAGGAACUGAUUUUACUUGACCAAUACGUAAUUCAGAUUGAUAUCUUUCUUAAAAAUGUAUUUAACACACUUGGCCAAUUAAGAAUUAAAUGUGUUUAUAUUACAUCAGAUGUCGAUCAUUGUAUUAAUUUGAUUUGGUAACAAAUUUAUGAUUUCCAGUAAAUAUGGCUAGAGGAUAUACGCGUAAUAAUUUUGUAGAUCUUUGAUAUAUAAUGUUCCUUGACGGACAGACCAUUUAUUAAAAAACGUUUAUAUAACAACACAUAUUGCAACCUAAACACUUCGUAUAACCUAAAUUUAAGAGAUCAUCAUAGAUAUGUCUACUUUCAAAACUGUUGCAGAGCUCGUGCCUUGCAAAGAGAUAUGUCAUAUUUAUGUGCAGAUUAUCCAUUUGUGGAAAAACUAUAUCGCAGCUGAUCGAUAUACUAUUGAGUUGGUGCUAUGCGAUGCCUUUGUAAGAUAUACACCAUCAUAUACUUUAGUUUACCAAUGAUAAUUUUACCCCCGGCCUAUAGAUUUCUCCCUAAUAUGAUUUUUUAUGAUGCAGGGAGAUAAGAUUCAUGCUUCUAUCAGUAGUUCGUUGGUAGCACCAUAUGAACAAAGACUGAAACAAGGGUUAUGGACAAUUUUUGAAAAAAUUUCAGUUAUCCAAUCGGGAGGUGCAUAUCGAACUAGCAAACAUGCAUACUUGAUUGAGUUUGUCCGUAAUACAAGUGUUUGUGUGUGUGAUUUCCUUCCACGGGCACUCACUGGUUUCGAACCAGUUGCUUUCCGUGAUAUCUUCGAUGGUUUGGUUAAUACUAAGUAUUUGGUUGGUGCGUAACACUAAAACAUGUUUUGAAGACGAUUCAUUUCUCAAGCGUUAAUUCUGUUACGGCCUUAACUAUCCGUACCUAUUAAGUUAACUGUUAUUUAACCUCCAUUAUUUUUCUAGACGUUAUAGGUCAAAUAGUUGGGGUCAGCCAUUUAGAGAUUGUUUCUCUCAAUGGAAAAGACACUGAGAAGAUAACACUGGAGCUCCAGAAUCAGCUGUAUGUUUUCGGUUCUUAAUAAUGAAUCAGCGCUUAUUGAUAGUUUUCAUUGUUUAACAAUAUGAGAUGGUGGUUUUUUUUUAUCUUUUAUUCCAGUUCUGAUCGCCUCACUGUUCAUCUGUUGGGUAAAUAUGCUAUAAUUGUUCAUGAUGCUACUCAAAACGUCAUCCAUGAGAAGUCUAUUAUAUGCGUUAUUCGAUUUGGCAAAAUCGGUUUGUUCAAAGGUAAUAUUUGUGUAUUUAAAUAGUACAUUACGUCUGCCAAAUGUAUCCAGUUUUCUUAAGAUUUGCCUUUUCGUAACAACAGAUAGUGUAUCUACCGCAUACGGAUUUACUGACGUUUCCCUCAAUCCAGGAAUGGUAGAGGUUGAAGUUUUUUUAAAUUUGUAAGUGGUUCAAAAUAUUAAAUCAAAAAUAUUUUUCAAAGUAUUUGUUAUACCGACGCUUUUGGUAUUAUAUUUUCAAAAACUUUUCAAAAAAAUUCAGGGUAGAUAAAAGAGACUCGCAGAUAGCAUUGGUGGCGUCCAAACCAUAUUGUCCGAUUCCGGAGUUAUAUGGAAAGUUUAGAUUUUUCAAGCCUAUCAUUCAGAAAUCAAUUAUUGAAGUGUUGGAGACAAAACAGGUAAAAGAGAUGUUAUAUCUAACGUUGUUUACCGAUUCUACUAUAACACUCUGCUUAUUGGAUAUACAGCGGGAGAGGUAUAUUGUUAUGUGUACAAUUGCUGCCAUUGAUUAUGAUAUGGGAUGGUACUAUAUGAGUUGCAAAAUCUGUUGGAAAAGAGUAUUGUUAGUCCCUAGCGAUCAUAUGGUUUAUGGAAUUCAAAAGUCCCAAAUCAAGAAAAAGUACUAUUGCGCCAAGUGUAAUAACUAUCGGCCUCAACUUCUGCCAAGGUAAGUAAAAUAUUCGGACCGUAUUUUGAAUUCCUGCUUUAGAUAAGAGAAACCAGUGAUUUCGAAACAUAUGAGCAACCCAUUCUGUUCCAUAUAGGUACAAUUUACAAUUGGUCGUCCUUGACAAUACUGGCCACGCAAAGUUCCUUCUGCUAGACAACCUUGCAGAAGAAUUAUUUGGGAUUUCCUGCGGGGGUUAUACGGUUCAUCGGCUGACCAGGUAAGAACGUACAAUUGAAUAUUUUAUCAAUACCUGAUUUUGAAAACUAUGCAUGUUAUCUGUAACUGAUUCUGUUUAUAAAUUAUUGUUUAACAUCUAUAUAGAUUGAGGAUCCCGUUGUCGUCCAUUCUGUUCUCUCUAAAUUAAUUGGCGGAACCUAUUUCUGCAAGAUUGUUAUAGAGGAGCAAAAUUUCCUGUUCAACUGCCAAACGUUCAAAGUCCUGGAGAUUAUUCCAACUUACGAGUUUUAGUCAUCUGUCGAAUUUAUAAUUCUAUAAAUUUGAAAAUUGAAUUGUGUUUCUGUAUUUUUAGAUAUUUUUCUUAUUUUUUUAUUAUUUUAUUUUACAUUCGAAAUUUUAUUACUUAUUUGGACUUUAUAUUUAGUGUUUAAUUACUAUUCCAUUUUUUCGGGGAAAAUGUUAUAUAUUAUAACCAAAUCAUUGUUAAGGUGUUUUGGUCCUUGUGUUUAAAUAAUCAACACAUGUAAAAUUAUAUAUACAUUGCAAAAUUUAGUCAAAACGAUUGCAAAAUAACCAAAGUUAAAAGAACGAUAAUGAGACUGAGGUUAUUUGGAAUUGAUAUUACAGAAAAAGACUUGCAAAACAUACAAAAUAGCAACGUACGAAACUGAACGAAAUAGAUAAAUCACACAUGUAAAAAACAUAAGUUUUUUUACAUGCGUGCUUAGAUAAUACACCUCCACAACUCUUCUUUUUUUAGUCUUGAUUCAUAGCAAACUGAACAAAUUGAGUAAGCCUUUUGGAGUAGUAACAAUGCUUGCAUACUUAAGAUGUUAUCGGGAUGGCACUCAGUCUGUGGCUCAAGGUUGACCAUAGCUGUAUAGUAGCGGGUCUCCAUAAUUGCAGGGAUUGUACUUAGAGUUUUCUUGACUCUUUUCCAGCAAUGAUCGGAGGUUGAUAGAUUUUCUUUCCAUUGGAGUUUAUCCAGAUACUUCUUACCUUUUGGAUAGUGUUCAAAUGCAAGCAAUAACAAACCGUAAAGAUAAGUACCGUUUGUAUACUCACCAAUGGAUGCUUGGCGUAGAUGAUAGAGGCCUUUGCGUUUUUCUUUGUGGACGAAAUAUUGAAGUAUGCCCUCAAUAUAGUUUUCCUCAGGGUUGUCGUUCUCCAAGCAUAGUUCCUUGCAUCUGUUGUGCUUAGUGAGCAUUUCAAAAGGUUCGGCAGCAAAAUAUGACAAGGAAAUAUUUCUGAAAUAGAUGGUGGGAUCGGAGUUGGAGUGGUCGUCGUUUGAAUUAGAGGAAUCACCGAUGUAAACAAUGUCAUAACUGUUCACCGAUUUUUCUUCUCCCAUAUUCACUUAAGUGUCUGUAUUUUGCUUGAUAUUUUAAGUUUUGUUGGGUUGUUUCUACUCUCAGUCGAUGCUGAGAAUGCGGAUAGGUAAUGUUCGAUGUUGUAGGACGAUACUUAUAAAGAUGGUGGUGGAAAAAUGAUGUGAUUGUACAUGAUGAAAAGGCUGUGUAAGUGCUGGAAGUAUAUGCUAAAAAGGACAAGAGACGACACAUGCAUUGUAAAAAGGCUGUGGUUCAUGAAGAGUUGUCACGUACUCAGAAAAGUUGGCCGUUGCUUUAUUUGCAUGCUUAUUGAUAUUACCAAUCGAAGUGACAAUUUGACAUAUUGAGACUGGAUUCUUAUGCUUUCUCAAUAAAAACUUAUAAAAGUAAAACUAUAACUUGACCAACUUUCAUUUCCUUAUUAGUAUGUAUUUGAAUAGAAUAGUUUCUCAAACAAUAGACCACUUAAACUUAUGGUAAUAAUAGAUCCGAUAUGUGAUAGUUUAGGAAAUGCAUUAAAUCAUUUGAAUAAGUUCAUCCAAGAUUUCUUCAUUAAUAAAAGAUAAUAAAAGUUAGAAGUUUACUUGACCACUACUCAUGUCCUUAUUCAUACGAAUAAGAAUAUAUUGUUGCUCAAACAAGAAUAAUAAAAUCCUUGAUAUUUAAGUGGUUGGAUUUUCUGAUUUGACGCUAGGUUUUUCAUAUGCUCCAAUAAAUAAAACUAAGCUUUACUCAACAUUCUAUAUCAUAUUGAUUACAAAGAGGUUACAAUCUCCACUCUCUAUCUUCUCUGUUAUUAUGUUGUUAGUAUGUUAUUCAAAUCGAUCAUGUAGUUUUUAUAUAGGUCUUUGUCAAAACACAGUAUUCUUGAAGCAAUGUUAACCAUGAAGAGAACAAUUUCUGAAAAUAUUGAAGCAACAACGGUAAAUAUUUUGGGAAUUAUCAUUUACCCAAGCGUUUUUUUUUCUAAAAGAGGAAGACAAAUAUGAUUUAACUACAAAUUUAUUGUCAUUUAAAUGCUUCAAAUUAGGCUGGAACUUAUAUGGUUGUUGCUAAAAUUGAGGCCAUUGAUUUGGAUAAACCAUGGUAUUACACUGCCUGCAAUUUUUGCAAAAGAAAAAUGGCCAGACAAGGAGAUGGUUUUGAGGGAAACGUGCAACAUCUUCAACAUAACCCUAUAUACAACUGCAAAACAUGCAACAAGGAUUUUGAACAUGCUAUUCACUGGUAUGGCCGUUUAUAAAGAUUUAUCUUGCUGCCUUUGUAAUAUAUCAGUAUUAUAUGUUUGUAUACUAAUUUAAAUAGUGUAUUUUUUAGUUACUACUUGGUUGUACGUGUCUCUGAUGACUCAAAGGGAAAAGUCAAGUUUUUGCUUUUCAACAAUAUUGCGGAGAGGCUCAUUAGGAGACCUGCGUUUGAGUUAGUCCAAGAGGCUGGUCAGGUAUUUUCUUCGUUUUUAAGUUUAGGGGAAUUAAGGAAAUUGCAUUUAUAUAUAUUCUUUGAAAGAUGUGUAUUUGUUUUACAGGAAAAUCCAUAUUUUCUACCUCAAUCUCUAACUGAUUUGAUUGGGAGAAAACUUCUAUUUAAGAUCACUAUCGGAAGUAAUGGUCAACAAGAACAGAAUACAGCAUAUGUUGUUGAUUUAGUGAUUGAUGAUUCAGAAAUAAUUCAACACUUUGAUCCACAUGUAACAAUCAUAAUAGUGAUAACUCAAAAUUAAUUGUGACCAGUAUAAGUUCUAACGAAAUUUUUUUUUUUUGCAGCCGCAUUUUGUGAUUUUUAAUGAUUAUGAGUUGGAAGAGGACUGAUGUUAAUCCUUUCUUAAGGAACAAAGUUGAAGUCCAAUAUGCUCAUGAAAGUGCAAGAGUUUAAGAAUUAAUUUGUUUUUCUUUUCAUCAAAUUUCAUAAUGUUUUCUGUUGUCUCUCUUUUGGGUUUUAUAGUUAUGAAAAUUAAUUAUGAGGUGUUAUUUGGUUCGUUAUAUAUAACAACUCCUUUAAUCUAUUUAUUUGUCCACAUUACAGCAAAAUUAUUGUUUAAAACUUUAAAUGUUUAAACUUAUCACUAGAAGAUAGUAUAGAACUAUAUAUCUAAAUUGCAAACAUAAGGUUGUUAUAUAUAUGUUAAAGUUCCAAAAAAUCAUAAUUAAUUAACGAAUAAAGUAAAAAAAGGUAAUAUAUUGAAUUAUCUUGUCAUAAAGUGUUUACCAAUAAAUAUCAUAUUCACUUGCGCAAAGAAUACAUACAUGGUAAGAAUUUGAUAAGGUAACUUUAUUUGGCAACAAAGGAUUAUACGUAUAUUUUGAAGAUGAUAUAACCUAAUGGUCAUGUAUCAAUUUCAAUUAUAUUUUGCUGAAGAGGUCGGCUUCUGAACUCUAUAUCUUCGACUUUCUUUCAAAUUAUAUAAGUUUAUUCAAGCCUUUAUUCUAAUUGCAUACGAUUCAAUCUAUACGUAGUGUUUUGGUGUUACUGAAAACACAAGCAUUCGAUUUUGAGUGGGAAGCAUGAAGAGAAGUAAUCCACUGUCUACAGACACGGGGAAUAAACCACAGAAGAAAAAAAAACAGUGUAUGUUUUACAUAAAAUAAAUAAAAACAUUUAUAAAUAUUGAACUUUCCUACUACUGAAUACAAAGAAUGAUACGUUAUCACUAACAUUUUUGUAGAACAUACACUGUUUUUUUUUCUUCUGUGGUUUAUUCACAGACUUGUUUGUUGACGCAGGUACCAAUGACAAAGAGAAUUCUCCAAUGGGGAAUAUAACACAAAACUCAUCUAUCACAAAUGUUUCACCUCUGCCCAGUAUAAAUCCUUUUAGGACGCCCUUUCAGAAUGUUACGAAUCAAGUAUUUCGACCCAUUAUUCCAAUUCCACCAGAGUCUAAUUCGUCAAAAAAUGUUGAAAAUACAUCGACACAUACUGUCCCAUUAAGUUGUGUUUUUCAAAGUUUUAAAGAUGGACUAACACAUCAAGCUAGAGCUGCGCGAAAGGAAAUACUGAAUAACAAAAGAACAAUAGGGCUUACUACCUCAAAUAGAGGUUAGUCUCCUAACGCUUUCAUUAUCCCCACGUCUAUUCUUAUUACUGUAUUGAUUAAAAACAUUUCUGAAAAUUCUUUUUCAUUACAUUGCACAGUUACCAGGAUUUUCAAGCCAACCAAGGCAUCAGUUGUACCACCUCUAGGUAUAAGUUUCUGUUCAAAGCAAGAGUUAGAAGACUUUUUAAAGAAUGAGUAAUGAUGGAACCCUUUGUGAAAAUUAGCUUACUUAUUUCUCUGUGAAUUCUACUUAUGUCUGUAGGUCCCUAUAAUUCAACGCAAAGUUCACCUACUCUUGCAAAUUUGAGUGUUUCUGGAAUCAACAUGCACCCAUCGAGUAAUAGCAUUGUUUACUAAUUACUGCAUAUUAUAUAAGUAGUGCUUAUAUAGUAUGAUCGUAUACAAAUAGUUAAUAAAAUAGUAAUAAAUUUAUAGUUUAGCACAAGUUUCGUAUAAUUAAAAAAUAUCAUUCCUUAAGGUACAAUUGGUUAUCAAGAAACUAUAUCCCGGAGUACCAGCAUUUCCUUGAGGAAACGAAAGACAAUUGGAUCACCUCCAUCGGUGAAUUCAAAGACAAGACAUAAGGAAGGUAACAACGAGUUUUAAAUAAUGUUUUUCGUUAUUAUAAGUUCUAUGCUACUAUUUCAAAAGUGUGACUAAACUUAAACAAAUUUCAACAGCAAGACAAGGUCCCAACAUGACACGACAAACAAAUCCGACUGGUCCAGCAGUGUCUAUAGCAGAUGCACCUCGUGAAGGUAAUUUUUUAGAUAUUUGUAAUCGUACUAAUAUGAUGUAUACUGAGAGGUAAGAAUUAAUAUUAUACCUAUUUCAUGAAUUUAUUUGCGCUAGACCUUUGUUUAUAUGUUUAAAUAAAUCUUUUUCAACUACUCAAAGUCCAUUCCAACAAACCAAAACCAAUGAAUUCAUUCCUCCACCAAGGUUCAUCGUCGAGGAUCAUCCUGAAGGUAAAAUGUCUAUUCCAUCUAUACAUAUACAAAAAGUUAUAUUCAUGGAUCAUAUAUUUUGACUUUGUAGUACACUUUUUCACUCAGCUUACAAUAAUCGAUAUGCAAUGGAAAGUGAGUCUGAAAAUGAAAAUGAUAAUGAAGAUGAGGAGAAUCAGACUUACACUAGCUAUCCAGCUGGAGAGACUUUGUUAAACACAUCACCACAACAUAUCCCACAACAAACUAAUAAUACAGUUACUUCGCCUAUUGUCAUUGGGAUACAAAAAAACGGUGAUGACCUGAAAAUUACUACAAUGUUUCUUACAAAUAUAUAACCACGAUAUUAGUUUUUUUUUUUUAAUGAAGAUAUUUGACGAAACACAGGUUACUACGACGACGGAGAUCCAGGUUGGAAUUGUAAGUUUUGUCAAGCAUAUAUGUGGUAUGGUGAAAGCAUUGGAAAACGCCGGCUUAGUGCCAAUCCUGUCUUCACAAUGUGUUGUAAACGUGGUAAAGUUGUACUUCCUCGUCUCGCGAAUCCUCCAAUGGAGUUAAUGACUUUGUUAUGCAAAGGAGACGAGUUAAGCAAACAUUAUCGAGAGUUCAUACGAGCUUACAAUAUGAUGUUCUCUUUCACAUCUCUUGGGGGGAAGAUAGAUCAUUCUAUUAACAAUGGUCGUGGACCAUUUGUUUUCCGAAUGUCCGGUGAGAACUAUCAUCGUAUUGGUGAUAUAGUUCCCGAGCCUGGACAAGCUCCAAAAUUUUCCCAGCUCUAUAUCAUUGACACUUUAAAUGAGAUCAAAAAUAGACUUGACGCUUAUGCCGGGUAAUUUACUUCAUUAUAUGAAGUUACUAUGAUUAUAUUGUUCGCUUUGUAGUAUAGUCGACGUUUUGUUAACUUAUAUUAAAAAAAAUUUAAAACUUUGCAGGUCUGACAGAGCUGCUGCUAAGAAACUAAGAGAACCACUUGUUCUUCUUCUGAAGAAUAUGUUAGAUCAGUGUAACCCUCAUGUCAAGGCUUUUAGGUCUGCAAGAGACAGAUUCGACGUGGAAGGAUCAACAGGUUAUAGGAUGAGAUUGAUUGAAAGUCGACAAUCUGAUGGACGGACCCAUAAUCUGCCGACUGCAAAUGAAGUGGCUGCUUUGAUACCUGGAGAUUUUGUUUUAAAUAUGGAGACACGAGAUAUUGUUCUAGAGAGUACAAGUGGAAAGUUGCAAAGGAUAAGUGAAUUACAUCCGGCGUAUUUGCCUCUGCAAUAUCCACUAUUGUUUCCAUAUGGAGAGGAUGGCUUUCGAUUAAAUAUUCCUAUUGGUUUUGAAGACAGCACUGUGAAAAAACGCAAGAAUGUAACUAUGCGUGAGUACUUUGCAUUUCGGAUUUUAGAGAGGAGGUGGGAAGCACCUACAAUUACAAGAUCAGGCAGAUUGUUUCAUUAGUUCCUUGUGGACGCUUACACAAUGAUAGAAUCGAGUAGACCGUUACUUGUGGCUGAAUCAGAAAAAGCUCCAGUCAAGUAGUUACGCUGCAAUCCAGAAAGCAGCUACAAGAGCUGGAGCUAAGAUGGCGGAACAAGGGAGUCGAAUUUUCAUUCCUGUAACUUUCACCGGGGGAAAAAGGUAUAUGAAGCAGCACUACUAUGAUGCCAUGGCUCUGUGCAAAUACCAUUGAUUUCCCGAUAUUUUCAUCACUUUUACGUGCAAUCCAAAAUGGCCUGAAGUUACAAGGUAUCUGAAAAAAUAUAACCUGACCACCGAAGACAGGCCAGAAAUAUUGUGUAGAGUUUUCAAGAUGAAACUCGAUAAUCUUAUCGGCGAGUUGACUAAAAAGAACAGCUCCUUAUUUGGACCUGUUGCUGCAGGUAAAUCUCCUUUACAUGUUACUUAUAUUAAUUGUUUAAUCAAAACAACUAAUGUAGAUAGUAUUUUGUUUGUUAAAAUUUUCUAAAUAUUUUAUUUUUUAUUUUGUCAGUAAUGUACACGAUUGAGUUUCAAAAAAGAGGAAUGCCACACGCUCAUAUUCUUGUCUUCAUGGAAAAAGGAUCAAAAUUUCCAACAGCCGAUGAUAUAGAUAAGGUUAUUUCCGCUGAAAUACCACACAAGACAGUAGAUCCAGACCUGUAUGUGAUCGUUGGGGAUUGUAUGAUGCAUGGUCCUUGCGGUGCAGCAAAGAAAGAUAAUGUAUGUAUGGUUAACGGUAAAUGUUCUAAGAUGCUUCCGAAACCUCUCAACAUCAGGACAUCGAUUGACGCAAAUGGAUUUCCAGCUUACAUGCGUCGGAUUGAUGGUAGGUUCAUUGAGAAAAAUGGAAUCAGAUUAGACAAUCGAUUUGUUGUACCAUACAACAGAGACCUCAUGGUUCGAUAUCGCGCGCAUAUGAAUGUAGAGUGGUGCGUCCAAACACGAGCUGUUAAGUAUCUUUUCAAAUAUAUUCAUAAGGGACCUGAUUAUGCCUCAGCUGCAAUGGAUAAAGAAGAUGAAGAUGGCGUCAUUGACGAAAUCAAAACAUAUUACGACUGCAGGUAUUAUUAUAUUUAUACCAAUUCGUGUUACUAUCAAGAAAGUACUAUAUUCUAUAAAUUUAUAACAAUAUAUUAAAAAUUCAGUAGAACCACUAUAAGCUAUUCAUCAAUUAUAGAAGAUCAAUAAAUUAAUACUAAUUAGAAUAUUGAACUUUAUACAUUAACUUCAUUUCUCAAAUCCAAGUUUGGGCAAAUGUACUAUUAAAAAAUAUAAUACGAAAAAAAUAAUAAGAUAAUAAAGGAAAGACGUCAAGUUAGUUAAAUAUGUAAUUAUCAAUUUAAUACAAAAUUUGUAUUCUACGCUAUGUCUUUGCAAAGGAAACGAAAAUACAUCAAUAAUCUAUUACUAUUAGUACAAAUAUAUAUGUAUAAGAUUUAAAAAAUAUAUAAUAUCAUAGAUGAAAUUUAUAUAACUCACUUGUUUACAAUAAAAUAAAUACAUUAUUAACAAAUAGAGUUUAUCUGUCUUUUAUAUUUAAAGUCUACGUUCAUCUUUACUCAUUUAUGUUUUCGUAUUUCUUAAUUAGAUAUAUUACUGCAUGCAAGUCGUCUUGGCGGAUUCUUGCUUUUCCUACACAUUUUCGUACUACUUCUGUAGAGAAACUUGGCUUUCAUCUUCCGGAUCAGGAACUGGUAUUUUUUGAUGAAGAUGAACCUAUUGAGAGUAUUCUCAACAAAAAGACUGUCAACCAAUCCAUGUUUUUGGCCUGGUUCAUAGCAAACAGAAAAUAUGCAGAAGCAAGAGAGUUGACAUAUGCGGAAUUUCCAACAAAAUUCGUUUGGAAAUCAGGUACGAGAGAAUGGGUACCACGGAAACGAGGCUUUGCGAUAGGGAGGAUUGCGCAUAUUCAGCCAUCAGGUGAUGAGCUAUAUUUCUUAAGAGUAUUGCUAAAUUGGGUUAGAGGACCGACAUCAUACGAGGAUAUAAGAACAGUUGAUGGUGUUUUAUAUCCUACAUACGAAGAUGCUUGCUAUGCGUUGGGAUUGAUGGAUGAUGACAAGGAAUUCAUAGAAGCUAUCAAAGAUGCCAGUGACUGUAGUUCUGGCACGUAUGCCAGGAAGCUUUUUGCGAGAAUGUUGGUUUCCAAAUCGUUGUCUCAGCCUUAUGUUGUGUGGGGAAGCUACUUGGGACUAUCUUACCGACGAUAUUUUUUACAAGAAGCGGCGAGAAACUGGACGACCUGAUAUGAACUUGACCAUAGAGCAGAUCAAAAAUAUUGCUCUUACUGAGAUCGAAAAUCAUUUGCUCAGCAAUGGUCGUAGCCUCAAGAAAUGGCCCCACAUGCCAAAGCCAGAAGAUUUUGGCUCUUACAACGGCAAUCGCCUUAUAGAUGAUGAGCUUAAUUAUGUUCUGGAAGAUCGGCAAAAGGAAAAUGAAAGACUUAUGGCGAUGAUAACAGAUGAGCAAAGAGGGGUAUACGAACAGAUUCUGGAUGCAGUUUUAAAUGAUAGCGGUGGAGUGUUCUUUCUUUAUGGUUAUGGAGGCACAGGAAAAACCUUCGUAUACAGAGCACUCUCAUCAGCUAUCCGAUCUAGAGGUAUGAUUGUUCUAAAUACCGCAUCAAGUGGAAUUGCAGCAUUGUUGUUGGAAGGAGGUAGAACCGUACAUUCCAGAUUUGGUAUUCCGAUAAAUGCAGAUGAAUUCAGUACUUGCAAGAAAAUGGAGCCAGGAUCAGAUCGUGCAGAAUUAGUUAAAGCGGCAAAGUUAAUUGUAUGGGAUGAGGCGCCUAUGAUGAGCAGACACUGUUUCGAGACGUUGGAUCGGACUAUGCGUGAUAUUAUAAGAUCUUGUGAAGACAAACCUUUUCAGGGUAAAGUUGUUGUUUUCGGUGGAGAUUUCAGACAGAUUUUACCGGUUAUACCUGGAGGUGGUAGAGCAGAGACUGUUUUGGCGGCUCUGAAUUCGUCAUAUCUUUGGGAGCACUGCAAAGUUCUGAAGCUAACAAAAAACAUGAGAUUACUGGCUGGUCUUACUGAUGAUGCAGCAAAAGAGCUUCAAUCCUUCUCAAACUGGAUUUUGGAUAUAGGAGAUGGAAAAAUAAAUUUGCCUAACGACGGUCAAGUUGAGAUUGACAUCCCUUCUGAUUUGCUGAUACAAAAUAGUGGAGAAGACCCUAUUGAGACUAUGGCAAAAGAGGUUUAUGGACAAGCUUUUCAAACUUCAACAGAUAAGGAUUUGUAUAGACAUCGAGCCAUUCUUACUCCCGCAAAUGAUGAAGUGGAUAAAAUAAAUGAUUACAUGCUUUCGCAGUUGCCAGGAGAAGAGAAGGUUUACCUUAGCUCUGACAGUAUUAUCCCAUCCGAUGUUGACACAGAAGAAAAUGUCGUAUAUCCUGCAGAGUUUCUGAACAGUGUUAAAGUGGCUGGACUGCCUAGACAUUGCUUGAAGCUCAAGGUUGGUGCUCCUAUCAUGUGUCUUCGUAACAUGGAUGUUGCAGAUGGUUUAUGUAAUGGUACUAGGCUAAUUGUUACUCAGUUACUGCCCCAUGUGAUAGAAGGUAGAAUUAUAACUGGAAACAAAAUUGCUGGACAUUCGGUUUGGAUCCCUAGAAUGUCUGUCACACCACCUGACACAAAGUUCCCCUUCAGAAUGCGUCGAAGACAGUUUCCAGUUACUUUGGCUUUUGCGAUGACCAUCAACAAAAGUCAAGGUCAAACACUUGAAAGUGUUAGGUUGUUUCUGCCUAGGCCAGUGUUCUCUCAUGGUCAGCUCUACGUUGCACUUUCAAGAGUUAAGUCGAGGGAAAACGCAGAUAAAAACAUUGAAUGUUGUCUACAAAAAGUUUUUCAGAAUAUUUCAUAGUCACGGUAUGUAAUUUUAAUCUAUUUUCUUUUCAAAUACAAACUUUUAAGUAUAUAGACUGUUACAAUUAUUUACUUUUUCUAUUUUCCAGAUGGGUAGUGAUGAGUUAGGAGACCGAUUGCAUUCAGGAGCAUCCCGUUUUUUGACUAUUUCGAUGAAAGUAUGUCUACUUUAAUAUUAUUUCAUGUUAACUUUUAUUUUGAAACUUAUAAUCUUUCAAAUAAUGUUAAUCCGACAAAUUACUUACAAAAUUUAUUUAAUUUUUUGCAGGUUUCUAAAUGAUUUUGCAUUAUUUUUUGACAAUUGUACUUCAUAAUUUAUAUUGUUUAUGGAUAAUUUUUCGAAUUUUUUUUAAUUAUAUUUUCUUUUACUAUGUCUACACAAAUGUUUUUUUUAUUUUUAAUGGAAAAUAAAUAUUAUUCACCAGCAUAGAUAUUUACGACAGAUAUACAAUACAUUUCUAAUUAAUGAUAAUAUAAAAUCUGAAUCUUCUUAAACUAUGCACUAUUUAUUCCAUAUUUUGAAUGAAAGUUUCUUCGUAAACAUACAAAUUAUUUUAGGAUGUUGCAAUUAUACGUACACACAAUAUCUGCCUCUUCAUACUGAAGUUACUUUGUUCCCUCUCGUCCAUCUCAAAUUGGUGUGCGAUCUUUUUUCCAUGCCUGAUGAAUUCUCCCAAAGACGGUGGUAUUAUAUUGUAAAAUCCGUUACUUAUAAAAUUAUAUAAGAUUUAGUCCAUAUUUUGAAUUUUCUAAUGCCCGCAGAAGGUGCGGACCGGUCACCUAGGGUGUGACUGGUAACCAAAGGAAUGAAGAGGAACACUAUGUUCCUCAAUAUUCCUUAAACAUUUUACCAUUCAUGAGGAAUAAGUUUUCCUUUUUAUUCCUCUCCAUUCUUUAAUUUGUAGAGAAUUAUAGAACAAAUCAAUUCCUUAUCAAUUUUGAUAAGGAACAAUCAUUCCUAAAAAUUUAUUCCUAUUCAUUCCUUUCCUAUCCGUUCCUAUUGUUCCUAUGAUGGUUACCAGUCACACCCCUAGUAUAGCAUUAAGUUAAUCUAUUUUAAAGUUUUUAAAUAAAGAAAUAUUCUUUGGAAUAUACGCCAUUGGGUUUGGAUUAGUUUGGAAAUACCUAGAGUAUGGGUCAGGCAAAAUCAUUUUAAUUUGCAUUGUUUAACAGUUAGCGAUGGUUUGAGAGGAGUAUUUUAGUAGAUCUUUCAAAUAUAUCUUUAUAUAUAUAAUAGGGUUUGUAUCUCUCCUGGGCAUGCCAGCUCGGAUGCCACGCUGGAAAUUGAAGCUCCCUCGCGCUGCCUCGUCGGAUCCGCACCGUUUCACUAAAGAGUGAUUUUGUUGUUACGGGCUUGGCAUUUGGGCUUUAUGUUGUGUUUGCAUACGGCCCGACAGACGACAUUCCUCUGCUGGAACCCUGAUCAGCUUCUACGCUCGCCUUCGUGAUCUCCGCUCUCCUUCGAUCGGCGCAGCUGCGAUCUAUCUCCUGUAACGGUUCUUCGAUAAUCAAUGGACUUAAAUCGUCUUUAAUCACCACUGCGAAGCUCCCUCAUGCGCCGCUCCUCUGCUAUAUAAAGAUCUCACCGGUUUUGUUUUCCGAUCUCAAGACUGGGCGGUGCUCAUCUGUUGUGGAGGCGAGACUGCUUCGAUUCUGGGAGGCUAGGAACGUUAAGCGUGGUGGAGAGCUAAUGUGGAUGGAUCUGCUCAUGGUUGAUAUCAACUCGACUGUGAUGCAAGUCACGAUCAGUGCUGGCCGUCUCCCACAGUUCCGGGAAAUGCUCUGUGCCGGGACAAUGUUUUCCGUGUCCGGUUUUGAUGUCUCCAGAUGCGCGCAGAAUUUUCGGCUCACUGAUUCGUCUUUGAUGAUCCGGUUCAACGAGUCCACUUCAUUCCAGGAGUUGACCGAACCUGGCUCUCCCUUGCCAGAUGAAGCAUUCCGGUUCCGCACCCAUUCGGAGCUGAUUGGUCUUGCCAAUACUAACACUCAGCUACCAGACAUCAUAGGUGAGAUAUUGAGUGUGAAGAGCACGGUUUGCGAUCCUCCAGAGGAGAAGAAUCGUGUUAUGGUGACUCUGAAGCUGGAUAGGUGACUGUCAUGUUGACUUUGUUAUAUAUGUUGUCCAUAUAUACCUUUACGGUGUUCUUCUCAUGGCCACGGGUAUGAUCAACAAGGGGAAGAAGAUACUUUCGAAGUUGACUGACGCUAUUGGUCUUGACUCCGUUGAGACGAGCUGGGAGAGCGUCCAGGCAUCAUUGAGUCAUCUUACCGUGGAAAUGAAAGACGUGUACGUGGACUCCCUCAUAAGCAUGGAACCAGAACUCAAUUGCCAUCCACCGGGGGUCAACACAGUCUGCUUCAAAUGUUACCACGCCUACCUCAUGACAGAGUUUUUCGAGAUGGCCUUAGGGCUCAACCCAGCGUCUGCAGCUGCUUGAGGAGUUUUUCAGUACACGAUGAAGGCGGUUGAACCAGAAUCAUGUUUUCAUGUUCUUUUUAAAAUUUCCAUUUAAGCUAUUAAAUGGAAUCUCCUAUCAGUUUUUUUUUUUAAUAUUUUCCUGUUAUGUUGAGUUUAUGCUCAAGCAAUUCAGAUUUCUGUUUUAUUUAAUGAAGAAUCAAAAAUCAAAAAAAAAAGAAGUUAAUUAUCCAAUAAAGAAAACAACGACACUUAACUUACUCUGGUAAAUUGAAUAUUUCCAUAAAAACAAAUAAAUUUAGAAAAAUCUGAAAAAAAAAACUACAUAAUUAACAUAUUAACCUAUAGAUAUUCAAAUCCAGACCGGGUCACUCGAACUGAUAAUUGCAGCUGCAUGUAUAUAAGUUCGGUUGCGUCGGACCCACGUAAAUACGUAUUGUCAUUACCUACGUACUACAAAUUCGCAUACAAUGCAAUUGCGACUACGACCCUAAUCAAACACAAACGCACACAUCUACAUCUUUCCCACGUCAUUCCAUAGAUCCAAGUGAAUUCCGCAUGAAGAUAUUACCAAGCAAUUCCAAAUUUUAUUUUAUCACCGUAUUCGGUCCGGAAAACCCCAACUCCAUUAUGUCCAAAAAGGCCCAAACUGAUCCAAUUAGACGGUAGGCCCAUCAGGCCCACAAACAAUUGAUCAACAUGGGUUUCCAUAUUAUAGCGAACGUAUAACAUAUGCAUAAUGUGAUAAAUAAUGGCACAACUAAACAUCAUAAAUAUUUUAAAAUUAUUUUCCACAAAAAAAAAUACUCAAAUACUCAGAUAGUAGUAAUAUAUAGGUAUAAAAAACCAAUACACACAUAAUAAAGAUAGAUAUAUAUGUCAUUAACCAACUCAUUCCAACGAAGUAACUAACAUUCCAUUAUUUCCAUACGGAUAAGAUAAAAAAUCAUAGUAUAUGUUCAUUUGUUAUUCCUUUGCCCAUACUCCAAUAAUCUAAAUCUCAUGUAUCUACCUAUUACUUAACAACAUAUAACAAAACUCAAACAAACCAUCAAACUCCCGAGCACGUCUCCCUCCGAUAACUAUAAUAAUAUGAACCCUAUGAACAACCAAGGUUUAUUAUACUUAUAAUUUUAGUUUCAAGAUUAUUUUAUAAUUCACAACCCGCCCGUAGGGCGGGCCGAUCCUAGUAAUGUAAUAUAGGAGUAUAAUAUUUUAAGCAACAUGGUCGACUUCUUUUGAGUAUAUUCGAUUUUUAAAUCUACACAUUAAUAUAAAUCUACAACACGUAGAAACCGACUUCUACAGAUUUAAUGUAAAUCUAAAACAUGUAGAAAUGAAAAUCUACAUAUUACUAUAAUUCUAAAAAACUGUAGAAAUCGAUUUCCACAAAUUAGAUGUAUUCUACGGAUAAGAAAUCAGUUCCUACAAAAUAUAAAAAUAAAAUAUUUAGGAAUAUUCACUUUCAUAUUUUUUAAAAAAUUUGAUUUUUAAAAAAAAAAACGAAAAAAACAAAUAAAUUACAACUUUAAGGGCAUUAUUGCCAUUUUGAAAAUAAUUAACCUAAUGGGACAUAAAAUAUAUGAGAUUAGUCUAAAUGGACAUAAUUAUCAUUUUUUUGCUCUAAAAACAAUUUUCCCUAUAUUUUUUUGGAAUAGAGAUGAGAAACUACCCUAUGCAUGGUUGUAUAUAUAGCAUUAAGUUAAUCGAUUUUAAAGUUUUUAAAUAAAGAAAUAUUCUUUGGAAUAUACGCCAUUGGGUUUGGAUUGGUUUGGAAAUCCCUAGAGUAUGGGUCAAGCAAAAUCAUUUUAAUUUGCAUUGUUUAACAGUUAGCGAUGGUUUGCAUUUAAAGAGGAGUAUUUUAGUAGAUCUUUCAAAUAUAUAAUGUAAUAUAGUAGUAUAAUAUUUUAAGCAAUAUGGUCGACUUCUUUUGAGUAUAUUCGAUUUAUAAAUAAUAUGAUAAUAAUUUGCAAGAUCUUAUCAAAACAGUUAUACAACUAACAACAUUACUAAAAUUAAGAAAAAUUAAAAUAUGAUAUUUUGUGACUUGCAAACCGCCAAACUUAAUUCUCUUACGAUUGAAAUUAUUAUUUAAAUUUAAAUUUUCUAAAACAUAUAGGAAUUUUCUAAAUUUCUAAAACACGUAAGUUGAGAAAUUUUAGUAUAUGUUGCUCAAGUUAUAGUACACAUUUGUAAUACUUUAGAAUUGAUAUUGGGAAAUAACUAUAUGCAUUAUAAUAUUUACUUUUGAUAUAUGAUAUGAAAAAAUAGAUACAAUACGAAAGAGAAUUGAGUAUGAAAUUGACAUUGAUGUUGAGAAGUGUGUAUGAAACUUUGAAUAACUUUGUAGUAUGAUGACCAAACUAAAAAAGACAAAUGGUUGCUUUUGAAAUUAUGUAAGUCAUAUCCAGUGCCAGUCCGGACUACGGUGGCACCUAAAGCGGACCUCAAAAAUUUUACCCCUUGACUAUAAUUAAAAAAAUAUACAAUACUUUAAGCAUGUAACCAAAAUAGUACCAAAUAUUAUUAAAACUGUAUUUUUGUUUAACAAAAAAAAAAUAUUUGCUACUUAUCUUAUAUUUGGUGUGUUGAAAGAUAAGCAGUCGUAUUCUAAAGAUCACUUGUUAUUAUUUAUUAGGCAUGGGCAUUCGGGGUCCCAAUCGGGUUUCGGUUUUAUCCAUUCGGGUUUUGGUUUUUCGGGUUUAUCAAAAUCAACCCCAUUCGGGUUAUAUAAAAGUUUGGUUUGGGACCGGUUCGGGUUAUAUCGGGUUCGGGUCGGGGUUAGUAAAUCUUCAAAGAACCGGUAUAACCCAUUGUACUUUCGGGUUCGGGUCCCAAUCGGUUCUUCGGUUUUAAAAUACCUGAUUUGUACAUAUUUUGUAACUUAAACAUAAAUGAAAUCGGUUCUUCGGAUUUAAAAUACAUGAUUUAUACAUAAUUUAAUAGCCAAAACAUAAGUAAAAUUGAUUAAAAAAAAAAAUCAAACGUGAUCAUUCAAAAUCAAGUGAAAGAUAAACACAGUUAGUGAUAGAAAAAAAACUAGAUAAAUAAAAUCAUAAAACAAAAACUAAGUUCUCAUGAAAUGAGAAACAUUAUUCAAUGAAAACAAAACCCAAAAAAAACUUUAGGUUUCAACCGCCACAUUCCACAAUCAACCUUCAUAUAAUAGAUAAUUAUUUUAGAAGUUCAAUAAAAUCUUAAAGUAUUUUGGAUACAUAUUAAGAAUUAAGAUCAUAUUUGGUAGAAGUUUUUUUUUGUGAUUUUAAAUGUUUCGGGUUCUAUCGGAUAUCCAUUUAGGUCCGGGUUCGGUUCGGAUAAUACCCAUAACUCAAUAUACCAAAAAACAGGAUCCAUUCGGUAUUUAUAUCGGGUUCGAAUCGGUUCGGAUUCAUUUUUAUCGGAUCGGGUUCGGUUCGGAUUUUCGGGUUCGAUUUAUUUGCCCAGCCCUAUUAUUUAUAUUAGUUCACUUGAAUAAUUUUAAAUUUUAUUUCUUGAUAACUUUUUCUACUAAUUCUCAAAAUAAAAAAAUAAAAUUUAUAAAAUAGAGCAAAACAUAUUAUAGAGUCACUUCAACGUCAAUAUUUCAAUUUGUAAAUUUGAGAAGCAUUAUAGAGUUUCAUUGAAUAUUAAAAUUCUAAGAUAAUUUUAUGUGUUUGAAUUUCAAAAGUUUUUAAAUUUACAAAAAUAAGAAAGAAGAAAUGAUAAAAAGGCAUAAUAGAAGAUGCAUGCUUUCCUACAAAAAUUAAUCACAAUUUCAUUGUUAAUACGAAUAAUUUUUAAUUCAAGUUAAUUAUUAUACUAUAUCUUGUUAAUACAUGUAUUCUAGUAAGUAUUAGCUGAAAGAGAUAGAAAAGAAGAACUAGAAAAAAAAUAAAAUUGUCUUUAAUAAAGUAAAAAAAAUUAAUUAGAUCUGUUUUAAUUAAAUUUAUUAUCUAAUAAUAUGCAUCUACUACAACUUAUAAGAAAAGAAACUAGAACUAUUGGAAAUGGUAAUAAAAUUGUCCAUAUCUUUGAUGAAUAUCAAAAAGGUAAUAAAAAGUAUUAACAAAGAGGAUGAAGGCAAUAUCAUUCGAAACGGCUACCUGUUGGUCGGGAUAAGAAUGUCUAAGACCACUAGACUAAAGUGAUGCUUUCAGAUAAUUGGCGUCCCUAAUAAAUAUAUAUAUAUAUUGGUGCCUAAAGCCCUUGCUUUAUGGGCUUUAGCCCAAGGCCAGCCAUGGUUAUAUCAUAUACGUUUAAGUAUGUAUUUUAAACACUGAUAUAAUUAAAUUGAUGAGUUGAUAGUAGUUGUAAAUCAUAGUGCCAAAUGAGUAUAUGCAUUGGUAUUUACAGUUUUGUUUUAUGAUAUUAAAAUAUGAAUGGCACAUUUGUAAUAUCUAAAGAGAAAUGUUUCUGGUGGUUCCAUUCACUUUUGAGUUUAUGAUCAAACUCAAUAACGUAAUGGCUUGUUUUUAAUAUAUGCAAGUUUUGGGCCUUAUGGCGAAGUUUCAUGAAGAGUAGGUGCAGUAAAUGAAAUCCGAAUUGUAUAUGCGACGAUUGUUUUGGAAAUACGCUUGAUAUAUUCUGGUAUUUCUCUUAUUUUUAUUUAUUUUACUAAAGAAAAAUCCAGUGGCAUGCCUUGUAAUUAUAGGAGAAAAUAAAAGCAGAAUCAUAGGAGGGAUUCUGCUUUAAGAGUAUAGAUUAUUUUUGGUUUAUUAUAGAAGGACCAAUCAUAACACGAAAUAUGAAUUGUAAUCAAUUUGUAUCAAAAAUGUAGUGCUAUAUUUAAGUUAAUAACAUCAUACAACUAUUGCUAUCGUAUCUUCAUAUUUCGUAGCGUUAAAAAAAAUAUUAUCGUAGAGGGAAGUACCUAUGAUGGUUGUCGAUGACUUAACAUUUACGAAUUUGCUAUGAAAACACCUAAAAUAGCAUAUUUUUGCGCUAAGAAUGUACAUAUUCUUGUAGUGUGUUUUCGUGGCUGGUAGUAAUACAAUCAGCUGGAGAUCAAGUCUACAAAGUGUAGCAGCUAUGUCAAUGACUGAAGCAGAGAAUAUGACAUUGGUUGACACUGUCAAAUAAGGAAUGUGAUUAAGGGGCUUAGCGGACGAGCUAAGAUUCAAACAAGACACAAAUUUAGAUAUUGUGUGACUCUCAAAAUGCACUGUGUCUAGCAAAAAACAAUGUGUAUCAUGAAAGGACUAAGCACAUCAGCAGAAAGAUGCACUUCAUCAUAAUAUUAUCGGUCAAGGAGAUGUAAAUGUAAAGAAGAUUUGUACUUCAAGGAAUCUUGCUGAUAUUUUAGCCAAAUAAUUUUCAGAUUAAUUUUCAAUUAUUUUUAUUUUUAAUUAUAAUUAUUUUUGGUUUAUUGUAUAAGGACCAAUCAUAACACGAAAUAUGAAUUGUAAUCAAUUUGUAUCAAAAAUUUAGUGUUAUAUUUAAGUUAAUAACAUCAUACAACUAUUGCUACAUAUCUUCAUAUUUCGUAGCGUUAAAAAAAAUAUUAUCAUAGGGGGGAGAAGAUACCUUUGAUGGCUGCCGAUGACUUAACAUUUACGAAUUUGCUAUGAAACACCUACAAUAGCAUUAUUUCCGCGCUAAGAAUGUAGAUAUUCUUGUAGUGUGUUUUCAUGGCUGGUAGUAAUACAAUCAGCUGAAGAUCAAGUCUACAAAGUGUAGCAACUAUGUCAAUGACUGAAGCAGAGAAUAUGACAUUGGUUGACACUGUCAAAUAAGGAAUGUGGUUAAGGGGCUUAGCGGACGAGCUAAGAUUCAUGCAAGACAAAAUUUUGAUAUCGUGUGCUCUCAAAAUGCACUGUGUCUAGCAAAGAAAAAUGUGUAUCAUGAAAAGACUAAGCAUAUCAACAGAAUGAUGCACUUCAUCAUCAAUAUUAUCCGCCAAGGAGAUGUAAAUGUAAAGAAGAUUUGUACUUGAAAGAAUCUUGCUGAUAUUUUAGCCAAUGUGGUUCACGUUAAGAAGUUUUAGGAGGGUGUGGAAUUUCUCGGUAUGGCCAAACACUAAGGAGGAUUGGUGUUGCCUAGGAAGACAUAAUUUUGCAUGACAUAAGUGGUGGAUAAUGUUUGAUAUCAUCAAAGUAGAGUUUUUUGGAUUCGUCAAGGACUCUGUCAAGCAAUCCAUCAAGGACUUAUUUCAGGAUCAAGAUCAAAUAGCUUGAACCAAGACAGGAAGUCACAUUAGAAAAAGGAAAUACAAUUUUUAUGGUGUUAUUGAUAUUCUCGAAAUAUUAUUUUCAUGCUGUUAUGAAAUUUGAAACUAUUUUGCAAAUAUUCCUAAUUGGUUUUAUGAAAAGACGUAUGAAACCCUAAUACAACUAGGUUAAUGUAAUUUACUUUCAUUAUUUAAAGGAAAAAAGUUUCCUAACUACACGAAGUUUACACUAAUAUAGUGGAAAUCAUCCAAUAUAUGAAAAUGUGUCAACAACUACACGAAGUUUAUGUUAAUAAAUGUCACAUAUACGAAGUAAAUAAUAAUAUGGUGGUAACAUCACAAUCGGAUUUAACUGA